CAAACACAAAGCCAUAAAAGUAGCAAGGAAAAGGCAGACAGACAGUCGUCGGAAAAGCAAAGGGAAAGAAAAAGGAAAGAAAAUUCAACGCAUCGCCGCUCAAUAGCCAUUAAAAUUGCGUCAAUCAAGAGAAAAACCUCACCGUUGCCGACACCAGCCACAUUGAAGCUUACAAAUUUUGGUCCUGAAGAGCAACAGCAGCAGCAGCAGCAACAACAAGGAGCGGAGGCAGCAGCUGCAAGCAGCCAGCAAUUGGUGUCAACAGUUGGCCAAAUACAAGAGGCAACCACAGCAAUACAAACAGCAGCAGUAGCAGCGGGAGCAAGUGCAACAGUAGCAGCAACAGCAACAGCACCAGCAGCAGCAGCGGCGGCAAGAGCAGCAGCAACCAACAACAACAGCAACACAGGAACAAACAGGAACACAUCCCCCAUAAAUUCUCAGGCUAAAGCCUCGGUCAGCAGCGACAAUACAGGAGUCACCACAGGACAACAACACUUUUUGAAUCAACCACCACCACCGCCACCACCUCCGUCGUCGUCGCCACCACCACCGCCGCCACCGACAGCAGAAGUCCAACAAGAAGCCACAGCCACAUCGAAAGGAAAGACAGCAGGAGCGGGAUCAAGGACUCCAGCGAGAAGUAAUCAAAGCACCGGCACCACCACGACGCUGUACACGUGCUCGAGCGCCUCCUCGUCGCUGAUUGCCCAACCGCCGCCAACGAAGAUAUUUAAAACGGAUCAUCAUCAGCUGUGCUUGAACGGUGCCUACGGUCUGCCGACUGCUGCUGUUGGUGGGCACCCCUGUGUCUACUGUGUCAUACCUGUGCCCCUGGGGAGCUCGUCCAGUGCCGCUGCCGCUGCCGCCGCCGCUGCCGCAUCGUCAACACAGCAGCGCAGCGCUUUUCCCGGCGCACCACUAACCGCUUCAGCCGUUGCACUCAAAGGCUCCUUGCCACAGCGUCCACCGGCCAUGACGAGCCCAGCCGCUGCUGCUGCCGGCGCUGCUUUAGCCGCCGGCGCCCCUUAUCGCGGUGCCACCAGCUGGACCCCACAGGGCUAUGCCCCGGCCGCUGCCGCCGCCGCUGCUGCCGUGGCCCAGCAGGCCGCCUACCGCUACACGGCGCCGCUCCCCCAGCCGGCCUAUGCCGCCUAUACGCCGCACACGGCCACCACACCGGCCACAACCACGGUAAGUCAUCUUUACAACCCCAUGGAAUUGCACUUUUGGUACGGCCAGCGUGUGCCAACGGCAGCCUCACCGAGCAACACCAAUUCGAGCAGCUCCUCGAACACCGGCUCCCAGAGCGGCACACUGAGCACCAGCCUGAGCAACACGACGAACACCAACACGAACAUGGGUCCCAACGGCACCGUUCAGAAUCAGAACCAACAGGGCGGCGAGCAGUUGUCAAAGACAAAUCUCUAUAUACGCGGACUGCAGCAAGGCACAACCGACAAGGAUCUAGUUAAUAUGUGUGCACAAUACGGAACCAUUAUAUCAACCAAGGCGAUUUUAGAUAAAACAACAAACAAAUGUAAAGGUUACGGCUUCGUCGACUUCGAGCAGCCAGCCUUUGCCGAGUGCGCCGUCAAGGGACUGCAGGGGAAGGGCGUGCAAGCUCAGAUGGCCAAAGUGGGUAUCUGGGUGCUUCAUAGGCCGGCCAUUCAACAGGAACAGGAUCCCACAAAUUUGUAUAUUGCAAAUUUGCCGCCCCACUUCAAAGAAACUGAUCUGGAGGCAAUGCUAUCGAAAUACGGACAAGUUGUUUCGACCAGAAUAUUGCGUGAUCAGCAGAUGAACUCAAAGGGCGUUGGCUUUGCCCGCAUGGAGAGUCGCGAAAAGUGCGAGCAAAUCAUUCAGAUGUUCAAUGGUAACACAAUACCGGGUGCCAAAGAUCCACUACUGGUGAAGUUCGCUGAUGGCGGACCGAAAAAGAAGAAUCUCUUCAAGACCCCCGAUCCGAAUGCCCGUGCGUGGCGCGAUGUCUCUGCCGAGGGCAUACCCGUCACCUAUGACCCGAGCAUGCAGCAGAACGGUGUCAGCGUCAAUGUGGGCACUCCCAUUGGUGUGCCGUACUCUCGAUUCGGUGCCCCCCAGGUGGGUGGCUAUCCAGUGGCUGGGUCCCAGUGGAUACCCGGCUACAUGAUGACCCAACCGAUCACUCAGGUAGAUGAUCAGUACAUGCAAAUGGCUGCCGCUCCGCAGUUGGGCGUCACCUCAUACAAACCGGAGGCUGUCAAUCAGGUGCAACCCCGCGGCAUUUCGAUGAUGGUCAGUGGCGACACGGCCGUGCCAUAUGGAACGAUGAUGCCACAGUUGGCCACCCUGCAGAUUGGCAACUCUAACUUUUCUCCAUCGUUACAGUAUAUUAGUCCAACUUAUCCAUAUUAUGCACCACAACCAACUAUUAUACCAACAAUGCCAAUGACAGAUUCCGAACAGGCUAGCACAGCUGCAUCACCCGACGAGGCAUACACACAGUAUCCACAUCAAGCCGCUCCCAAGUAGGUCUUCGCGAGUAUAGUUACUAAGCAGUCUAAUCACUGGUAAUCCAUACUAGCUAUAAUCUACUAGUACCCCAUUUGAGUACUAUAUAAAUUGGACGAGUGAGAGAGCAUGCCCCAGAGCAAGAUGAAGGAGGAGGAGAAGGAGGAACAUCAAACACUACACAACAACAACAACAGCAGCAGAAACAGAAGCAGAAGCAGCAACAGAUCGGAUAUAGAAGAUAACCACCACAGGAGCAACCAACAAACCGAACAUUCAGAAGCAGAUAAAUCAGACAAGAAAAAACAAUGCAGUUCAGUAAAAUAAAUGUUUAAAAAAGAUACAGAAAACAUUAGAAAAACCGAAACCGAAAGCCAUGAAAAGGAAAAUCAUGUAGAAAUAAGUUAGAUGGGGAGGACGAAGUUGUUUAGAAGAUACAUGAAUUGAGAUACAUGUAAGGCAGGAAAGAAGAAGGAGAAAAUGCAUAGAGAGAGAAGAGGGCAAGGCAAAGCAAAGCUUCCAAGCAGAAAGAAAAAGAAAGAAGCGAGUAAAAAGUGAAGAAAAGCAAAGACUAAACUUAAAUAAUAGAAAAUAGUUAUACACUAAAUAAAAACAGCAAAGAUCCACAGAGAACAGCAGAGGAAACAGCAAAGAUGCUUAACAACAGAAAAUUCAAGAGAACAACAAACGAGAGGCAGUCGAAAAUAUUUACAAAAAGAGAACUGCUAAAAAAAACAGAACAUCAAAGAAAGAAAAGAAAAUAAAAGAAGAUGAGGAGAAGAAGUCAAACGGGGGGCAAGGUAAUGGAUAACUUGAGAAACAUCUGCAAGAAAAUCCGAAAGCAGAUUCUAGUUAAGAUCUAGGUUCGUUAAGAGAAAGAAAAAGAUUUAAAAUUGCAUGGGGAAGGAUCCCCCGGGAGAGGAUCGGAUCGGAUCGACGGGGAUGUAAAAAUAGAAAAAGAAAGAAUAAAAAAUAUAUAAAACUAUUUUGCUAAUUUUGAGCUAGCAAAAAACCUAAGCAGAGAGAAAUUUGUGAAAUUAAUUGAUGAAAAGAGGAAGCAACCGAAACCCAAAACAAAACAAAAACAAAAAAUAAAUGUGUGUGCAAUGUAUGUUAAAGAAAAGAUUAAAAAUUAAUCGAAGAAACUGAGAAAAUAAAAAGAAAACCCCAAAAGCAGUUUGAUGAUGAAAACAAAAACAACAACAAACAAAAAGCCUAAAUCUUAAGUCGAACUGCAGCAAAAUCUAGAGAAAAAAAGAAAAAAGUAAAAGCUAAAAAUGGGUAAACUAUUUUUUACCUUAGAGGCAACAUUUUCCUUGUUUUUGUGGCCUGCUAUAAGGAAAAGUAGGAG